CACAAAGUGAAAUUGAAAUAGACCAAGACUCAUUUUUUCAAUGAAAAAAUGAAAUUUGAGCUUUUUGGGGGCAUGGAUGCCCCUGAUUGGGUUCUUGCAGAGAUCAUCACCAUUGGAAAACUUUCACCAGAGCAUGUGGAAGUCAUAAGCUCACAGAUCGCUCAACAUAUCCUUGAUGGCUCUUUUGAUUAUACUACGAUUGUGGACCUCACUUCAAACAUUCUAGGUGUAGCAGAUUUAAAGGCUUGCAUUGCUACUCUGCGUUUUUUUAUCAGCAAUCUCGCAAAGUUUGAUCUCAAUGUGGACCUUGCAUCUCGAGAACUUCAGCAAAUGGGACUUCCAAAAGACUAUUGUGAAUCUAUAUGUCGACCUUAUGUUGAAAGGAAGGAGUCAUUGCAGAAGGAACUCUUAAAUCAAGUUAUCCAAAUCCCAUCGGCUACUAUUGAUGCAUGGAGAGUUCAAGUUGGACCAGAAAGCAGUGUAAUUUUGAUGUUGAAUAGCAAGUCCAAAGGUCACUGGCCUGAGGCUUUUAAUGGCCUUGUACAACUAACACCAGACAAAUUCCGGCUUCUUUUGCAUGGCCUAAAGCAAGCAAGAUCCUUAAUGCAGGGGAAUCCUUGAUACUGGAGCAAAAUGGGCAAGGAGGUGAACAACAAUGCAAUGGUGUUGAUGGGUUUGGUGGUGUUGAUGUUAAUGGGCAAGGCCAUGGCAUAUGUGUGCAUGGUGACAUGUUACGCUGAAUGCAGGGCUCAUAACCUCUCCAUCCUUGGGUGCAUUGGAGAUUGUUCAGGCUUGUGUUCAGAUGGUGCAUGGCAGCCUAUUGACCCAUGGAAUAAAAGCUGUAUUGUGUAGAACAACCUUACCCAUUUCUGUUUCUCUCUCUCUCCAUGGAAUGCAAACUUUAUUGUGUAGCAGAACCUUACCCAAUUUUGAUUGAAUCUCUCUCUCUCCAUGGGUACUGUGUUAGAAGAACCUUACCCAAUUUUGAAUCUCUCUCUCUCUCUCUCUCUCUCAGUUUGUCUCUUCUCUUGUAUAUCCUUUGACCCCUCUCUCUCUAGCUUUGGUUCCCUUUAAUCUUCUCUCUCUUUUUUCUUUGAAAGGAACCCUUAAUCUUCUCUCUCUUGUAUAUCCUUUUGGACCCCUCUUCCUGUUCUCCUUCAAAUCAAUGAGGGGGCAGUCUCAUUUGACAUAUCUAUAACUUGUGGAACUUGGUUUGCUUGGCA